CUCAGCAUCAACAUUACUUCAUCUGGCGAGGGGCUGAGAGGUGCGGCUACAGUACAGGAUACUGCUGCGCAGCCACCAGUGUUGCGAUGCAGCGAUGGUACCGUAUACUCACAGCAUGCGCCGUACAGACAUACGUACCUGUUCGUGUACCAUGGUUGUGUGCCACCAACAUCCCUCCCUUCAGCAGCAGCCGCCAAGAUCUCGUCAUAAUCUAGGAUACCGCUGCUUGGUAAAACGACAGGAUUCCCUCCCCUUCCUCAUACCUCACGCAGUAUCCUGGACCCCCAAACUCCAACCGCCACCACCACUUGGCUCCCCACUCGCCUGGUUUACCCCCCCCUUGGGCCCCGUUCCUACAUUAGAGAAGCAGCCGCCCGACCUUUGUCAGUUCACUUGCCUUGCCCUCGAUGCAACGGAAACCCCCGCAAGCACAAAAAAUAGUUUACUUGGGAGAGGCGUCUGCUGUUGCGUCUCCGAUACAAGGACCCUGGAUCACAACAUCGCGAUCUUGGGGGGGCAUUACUCGUUUUACUUCGCGCAAGCCCACCCUCCCUUGUUCGUCUCGCGGGCCUCAACUUUCCAAAGCCGCCCUUUCGUGGAUUCCGUCAAUAGACGACGAUGGGCUUUUGCCUUUUGUUUCGAGACUACUUCUAAACUGCUACCCGCGAUGGAGGUAUGAGCCAAGCCUCUUGGACCUACAGUAAGCCGGAUUAAUGACGGUUGGUUGGCGGUACCAUCCGCCGGUCGUCUACCCAUCAUUUCUGCCGGUGCCUCCAGAUUGAUCCCAGCGCCACAGCCGUCGCACCUCACACGCUGCAAAUCCUCUUUCUGUGCAACAGAAACCCAACACAGACACACACACACACACACACCGAGAGGGGCGGGCGCUCGGGCAAGGUACCCCGGAGCCCCUGACAUCGGCCGAGUGAUGUCAUCGGAUCGACGGCCGAAACCUGUCUCUCCGUUUAGCAGCAGCCUCUCAGAUCUUUGGAUCCUUACCUCCAUUUUGCCUCCCGCCCCAGGGAUAAACCGUCCGUCAACGGAAAUGAGAUCACCGUCAGUUCUGUCGAAAGGUGUGAAGUGAGUCGUGAGCUCACUCCGCCCUGCGUCCCUCCACCCCCCCCCCCCCC